AUGACCAAUGACUUCGAGGGCAUCUUCAUCGAGCUCAUGAGCAGCUCGGCAGCUGAACCCCCUCCCCCCCAUGUCGCUUUUGGAUGCAUCAACACGCGCAUUGACUCGCUGAAGGCCUGCCUCCGUGCGCUUCGUGUACUGCGCUUGUUACUGAGCUUCGACUUCGCAGCAGACGUGUCCAUCACUGUUUUCCAGCUUGCAGACGUGACCUCCGUCCUCACGCACUUCUUCAACAUGGAGUCCGAGCUGCCGGUCCGGAGCUCAAGCGAUGCGGAGUCACUGAGCCAUCAGAGCUUCCAGAAGGGGAAGAACACCGAAGCCAAACCGCAACCCACCGCCCCAUGGCUUCGGCUCCGCCGCGCCCAGAUCUUGCGGGAGCUGAACCUCCGGAACCGGGCGCGCACCAAGGAGGAGCGGUCGGCGGUGCUAAAGAUGCCCGAGCCGCCGCCAGAGACGGGCCUGCUGAGGACGGACCUCAUCGAGAUGAGGAUUGAGAACGUGUCCUUCAACUACCGCCCCAACCAGAAGCUGCUGGAGAACGUGGGGCUGUUGCACGUGCCCUUGGGCAAGAUAGAAUGCCCUUGCUACGCCAAGCAAAAUCAGCUGUUGCUGUGGACCUGGGUGCUGAUAAGGAAUACUUUUCUGCGGCUCAUCGCCAGCAGACUGCUGCCUGAAAAGGGCGAGAUCUUUGUCCCUACGCACUUGAACUUGACGUAUGGGGCACCAGACAACAGCGACCUGGAUGUGGUGAAGGGCGUCUUGCGGCUGCUGAACAUUUUUCCAGAUCCCAACUCCCGAACUCCUGGGGAGCAAGUUUUAAGCAUGGCGCGGCUCAUCGCCUUGGCCCUGGUUGGGAGUGCCUACGCUGCCUGCGAGAGCGGAUCUUGUGAUGCCGAUGACACAGAGCUGAUGCAGGUGGACAUCAACCAGGUGCAUCAGAAGGAUGCCGCGGCACAAAUGGCGAGCUUGAUCGAGCGGGCCUUCGCGGGCGUCCGGGGGAAAGGGCGCUCGCCUACUGCGGCCAGCAUCAUCAACGAAGCCUUUGGCAACGUCACGGAGGACGGGGGGUACCUGCUGGGCAACAUCAAGGCAGAUGCGACUUGGGAGGAGUGCACCAGGAUCGACUGGAACGAGGUGGCCAAGUUCGACGAUGAGGAGGGCAAGCUGUCGCCCUACUCUGUGGAAAGGAUGCUGAAGGAGCUUCACCUGCAAGCGUGCCUUGACGGGGAGUCGGACUGGGCCAAGGAUGACACCUGCAAAGCGGUGAAGGCGGCGCUCGAGGUGUCGACCGAGCUCUCCCACGAUCCGUUUGAGCCCCUCUUCGCCAACUUCUCGGUGGUCGCCUGGGGCAAGUACCCCUCCUGGGUGAAAGACACCGUGGUGGACCUGGACUACUCCAAGCCGAUGCCGGUGAAGGCCAAGGUGAAGGACCCCAAGGGCGUCAUCGGCUACGCCAUUUGCGACCUGCUGCGGGUCAUCUUGACGCAGAGCGCCGACCAGAUGUCCACGGGCACCUGUUCCUACGUGGCCAGCCUGGCGGCCUUGAGCCACAAGGCUCCUGCAAAGCUCAUCAAGUUGGCCGUGCGGCUUUUCUGGACAGGCAUGAUCACCCCCAAAGUGGGGAAAGCCUGUGACGGGAUCUACCAUCAGCAGCCGGGGCUGGUUCCUUUCAAGAGCGGGUAUGGCUGGAUCCCCUCCUUCUACCAGAACGGGGGCUCCGCCUCCUGCGCGGGGAGCGCCAUGGAUUGCGCCACCUCCCAGGGACGGCCCCAGCAGAACGCCGCGCUCACGUUCUCCUGGACGCAAUACCUGAUCAGCACCUGGAUGAAGGAGAACUGGGGCUACUGCCAGAAGGAUGGCGUCCGAUCGGGGCUCACCUACCCGGGGCAGGACGAUUACGAGGCAGCUAUGGCGACCCGGAACCAGGGUGGUUGGUACAACUCCAUGUUCUGGGAGUGCGCCAAUUUCAUCGACCCGGAGGGCGGCAGCUGCAAGCUGCUGGUGAAUCCCAACACCUGCGUCCUGGGAGAGUUCGAGGUCUGCGAGAAGAAGUGGUCCCUGGAGCCCGCGUUCGAGGUGCAGUCGGAGGUCUGGGAGCCGCUGGUGGUGAAGUAUCGUACUGAGGCCUGGAUGCAGGGAGCGGUCUCCUACUCGGAACAGGAGAAGUACGUGAUCCCCAAGCUUCAUGAGGCCUUUGCGGAGAAGCCGCUGCUGAGAGACUACUUGGAGUUCCUGCAAUCCCUCGCCAACAAGACGGGGGAGUCCGUCUUCGAGAUCAACGAAGUCAGCGGGCCGCCGUUCCCGUCCUUCACGGAGGAGCUGCUGAAGCAGACCUGCGAGGCCUACACCAACCUCCUGGUGAUCGACGCCACGGUCUUGCAGGUGGCCUUCUCCAACCCCGGUAUCAUCCAGCAAGCCAGGGACCAGGAUUUGCCGCUCUUCGGGAACUUCGGGCUGCCGUCGGUGAGCUACGGCUGCAACCACGCGGUCUACUUGCAGAGCUGCGACUUCAAGAAGGACUUGUUCAAAAUCUGGACCUGGGGUACCACGGUGACGCUGAGCAAGCGCAUGCUGCUGGGCUGGCCGGCGGCGCAGCGGGGCUACCCCACCCGGGCCGGCGCCUCCUGGACGUGGAACACCGGGGCCAUCUGCGCCUCAGUCACUGCGGACCAAAUCACAGUCGACUAA